UUGAGUUGGUAUUGUUGAGUAGAAUGUUUCGCUGCGCCGAAAAAGUUGUUUCGCGAAUUUCGAGAAAUAAAAUGAAGAAGAAAAGUAGGAGAGAAGAUUCUGAACCGAGUGUUCAGGAAAAUAAAGAUUGCUCAUUUCAGAAUGACAAAGAUUGGCCUGCAACAAAAUGUGACUUGUCGAAUCUAGACGAGUCGCAGUUGCAAGCAAAUAAGCCGAAGAAAGAAAAGUUUAUGGGAUUUUUAACAAAUUUAUUCCAUAAAUUCUUGUUUUGUUGUUGCAUUUCAGGCGAGAUUUCUGAUUCCGAGACUUACGAACCGGAAAAGAAACUCGCACAUUCAAAGCAGGAACACGUCCUUUUUGAUAAAGCCAAUUAUUAUAUUGACAAGUACAAAAUUACUAAAGAAAUUGGACGUGGAAGUUUUGGGACUAUUUAUUUGGCUAAGACCAAAUAUUCUAGAAAGAAAAAGGCUUUAAAAAUCGUAAAGAAGAAAGUCUCUUCUUCUAAUCAGUUUGGUGAAAUCCGGAGAGAAACAAUCGUUUGGAAUUGCGUGUCCGCCCAUCCAAACAUUGUCAGAUUGAUUCGAUUCCUGCAAACUGACACAGCCUUUUGCUUUGUCUCGGAUUUUGUGGAGGGAGAAACUUUGACCGAAUUUAUACAAAAGAAUGGCCCUAUAGCGGAGAGAAAAGCAAAAGUGUUUGCCGCUCAAGUGGCCUCUGCUAUUAUGUAUAUUCAUAGGAAUGGAAUAAUACACCGAGACAUUAGUUCAAACAACAUUAUGUUAGAUGUGUACAAAGGUGCACAAGUAAUUGAUUUCGGUCUAUCCACAUACGAAAGAAAUCCAAGAGAUUUUUGUGGCACUUUAUCAUUUAUGUGUCCGGAAAUUCUCCAGAGGAAGCCUUACGAUUCUUUCUGUGACUGGUGGGCUUUCGCCAUCGUGUUAUUUCAAGCGUUGGUUGGAAGAACUCCUCUGGAGAUUUAUGUGAAAGAAGCUUUUGAUAUUGAUAAUGUGUAUUUAUUGCCCCGUUACGAACGGAUAAGAGCUGCUCUAAAUGUGAAGGUGUCGUAUCCUCCUGGAUUAUCGGAUGAUGCCAGACAUUUUAUUCGUGAUCUAUUGCAAAAGGACCCAUACAGACGUCCUUUAGAAGUAAAUAUAAGGGAACACGAGUAUUUUCAUAAAGUGCCUUGGCCAAAAAUUGUAUGUUUUAUUUUCCCAUAUCGCAUUUGAAUGUCACUUUACGAAAUAAAACAACUGAUUUUCUUUUGUAUUUUCAGACUUAGGGUUUUCGGCAGAAUAAACUGAACAUGAAGUUCGGAUCUUUGUUGAAAUCAAUGUGGAAGCCGCUUAAUUAAGUGGUACGUAUUUCUAUGUACAUUCAAUCAAAGUUCGAUUUAGCUCCGUCACUUUUUCGCCUCUCAAAUUAGUACUAAUUCGAGUGUGUCGGUAAAGCAAAAUUCCGCAAACAUCAAUAAAUAGUAUUAAAAUCUAGACAUAAAUUUGAGUUCGGAACCUAUGUGAUUUGACGAGAAUCACAUAAUUUUCCCGUAUUCUUUGGCGCUGUUUGGAAUGUGGUAUAUCGAGAUUUGACGGUUUACUCUUCAUCCAAACAAAUGCCAUAUCCAAUUCAAUAAAAAUAUAAGCUAAAACUAAAGAUUUUUCAAUGGUAAACUAAAUUGAAAAUCUUACUGAUAAACUGAAUACAAAUUUGUUAACUUUUUGAUGUAAUAUUUGCAGUCGAUCAAUAGAUAUAAGCUCGAUCCUCGAUAUAGCGCCAUCGAUAUCUUCUGAUUUAAUUCGCAUUCAGUUAAACGUUUUCAAUGAGUAAUAUCACUUGUAAAGUUAUUAUUUUUUCUUUAUUCAGAACCGUGUUUGGAAAGAUCUUAAAUCUUACAAGAAAUCGUAUCAUACGCCUUUACGUUGUAUUCAUUUAUAUAAAUGGGCCUUAUAUUUCAAUAUCUAGCUAAGGCCUCAAAUAUCCUGAAAUCGCUAGUGAUUUGAUGAUAUACUUACCUAACAAGCGCCCUGUCAAGAAGAGACCAGAAAAGUCAUUCGUCUGUCCUAAAUAUUCUUUCCUUUUAUUAGAAAAAUAAUUUUAGAAAUCGGUGAGGUGUGUAAGAGU